AUGACAGAGCACUUCGAGUUCGUCGUUCUGGGCGCGGGCCCGACAGGCCUUGGCGCGGCGACGAGGCUGCAGCAGCACCAACAUGACGACUGGGUUCUCUUCGAACAGGACGAGCGCGCGGGUGGCCUGGCGUGCACCGACGCGACCCCGCAGGGCUUUCUGUUCGAUAUGGGAGGCCACGUCAUCUUCUCGCACUACGCGUACUUCGACGACCUGCUGGACAAGGCCGUCGGCGAAGAGAACUGGAAUCACCUCCAGAGGGUCUCGUAUAUUCGCCUGAAAGGCCGCUGGGUCCCAUAUCCAUUUCAGAACAAUCUCGGGUCGCUGGAUACCGAAGAUCAGGUAUCUUGCCUGCAAGGACUCGUGGAGGCCAAGGUCGCCUGCGCCGUCGAGAGGUCGAAGCCGCGGAGUUUCGACGACUGGAUCUGCCGGUACAUGGGACGCGGGAUCGCCGACCUCUUCAUGCGGCCCUACAACUUCAAGGUGUGGGCCGUCCCCACGAGCGCCAUGCAGUGCGACUGGCUCGGCGAGCGCGUGGCGGGCGUCGACGUGCAGCGCGCGCUCGAGAAUGUGCUCCAGCGCAAGGACGACCCCGCGUGGGGGCCCAACGCGACGUUCCGGUUCCCGAAACGCGGCGGCACGGGGCACAUCUGGUCUCAGGUGGCCGGCCUGCUUCCCCAGGACAAGCUUCGGUUCGGCUGCAAGGUCACGUCUAUCGACCCCGACACAAAGACGCUGACGUUCGAGAGCGGCGCCACGGCGAGCUACAACAAGCUCAUCAGCACGCUUCCGCUCGACGUGCUCUGCGGGCUCGUCCGCGAGGCCCGCCUCGCCGCCGGCCUGCACUUCUCCUCGACGCACGUCGUGGGGCUGGGCCUGCGGGGUCCGUGCCCGCACGGACAAAAGUGCUGGCUGUACUUCCCGGAAGACAACUGCCCGUACUACCGUUGCACUGUGUUCAGCAACUACGCCGCGGAGAACUGCCCCGGAGCGGACACGCGGCUCCCGACGCUGUGCAUGGCCGACGGCGCGGAGCCUGACAGCGAGGAAGAGCGCCCGGGGCCGUACUGGAGCCUGAUGUUCGAGGUCUCGGAGUCUCGCACGUACAAGAACGUGGACAGCAGCGCCACGGCGAUCGCCGGCAUGACCUGGCCGCGGGUAGUGCUGGACACGAUGCUGGGGGCGAUCGAGACCGACCUGGUGACGCCGGCGGCGGAAGUCGUGUCCAUCUUUCACCGCCGCAUCGAGCGCGGGUACCCGACGCCGACUCUCGACCGCGACAGCAGCCUCGCGGCUGCGCUGCCGGCCCUGCGCGCCAAGGACAUCUGGAGCCGCGGGCGCUUCGGCAGCUGGAAGUACGAGGUCGCGAAUCAGGACCAUUCGAUGAUGCUCGGGGUCGAGGCGGUGGACAACGCGCUGUUUGGUGCGCCGGAGAACACGCUGAACCACCCGGAGAUCGUCAACGCGAAGAAGAACGUCGAGCUGCGCUGGCGGCGGUGUCCCUGGGCCGUGCCCGCGGGCCCACGGCGGCUGAUGGGCGUUCCAGCUCCUCCCGGCACCUUGCAGAUCUCCCUCGGACGCGGGCUGCUCCGCGCGGCCGGAACGGUGCCGCACCGCGUGGUGGACGCCGGAGUGGUUGCUCCAGCUGCGCUGCAGCACUCGCGCGGGUUCAGGGCCUCGGCCUUCGCGCUCGACACCGCGACCAUCGAGGUGCCGUCCAUGGGGGAGUCGAUCACGGAGGGCGGCGUGGCGGCCAUCCUGGUCAGCGUCGACGACGUGGUCAACGAGGACGACGUCAUUGCGCAGAUUGAAACGGACAAGGUCACGAUCGACGUCAAGUACACGGGCAAGGAGCCCGCGAAGAUCUGCGAGAUCCUCGUCGAGGAGGGCGACUCGGUGACCGUCGGGCAGGUGGUGGCCAACAUCGAGACCGGCGUCGAGGGCGGGUCGGCGUCCGCGCCGGAGCCCGAGUCGGCGCCGGAGCCCGAGCCCGAGCCGGAGCCGGAGCCGAAGAAGGAGGACGCGAAGCCGAAGAAGCCGAAGAAGGAGAAGAAGGAGCCGGAGCCCGCUGCGGCACCGCCGCCGCCGCCGCCGCCGCCGAUGGCCCCGGCGGCGCCGUCGGGCGAGCAGCGGAGCGAGGAGCGCGUGAAGAUGACCCGGAUGCGCGCGCGCACGGCGGAGCGGCUGAAGAACUCGCAGAACACGUACGCGAUGCUGACGACGUUCAACGAGGUCGACAUGUCGGCGAUCAUGGCGAUGCGCACGCAGUACAAGGAGGCGUUCCUCGAGAAGCACGGCGUCAAGCUCGGCGUGAUGUCGGCCUUCGUCAAGGCGUGCGCGGAGGCCACGAGGGCCGUUCCCGCGGUCAACGCCGUCAUCGACGGCAGCGAGAUCGUGUACCGCAACUACGUGGACGUGUCGGUCGCGGUGUCCACGCCGCGCGGGCUCGUCGUGCCCGUGCUGCGCGACGCGGACCGCAUGAGCCUCGCGGACAUCGAGAAGACGAUCAACGAGCUCGGGAAGAAGGCGCGCGACGGGACCAUCAGCAUCGACGAGAUGUCCGGCGGGACCUUCACGAUCUCGAACGGCGGCGUGUUCGGGUCGCUGCUGUCCACGCCGAUCAUCAACCCCCCGCAGAGCGCGAUCCUCGGGAUGCACACCAUCAACAAGCGCGCCGUCGUCGUGGACGACCAGAUCGAGAUCCGGCCGAUGAUGUACGUCGCGCUCACGUACGACCACCGCCUCAUCGACGGGAGGGAGGCGGUGACCUUCCUCAAGCGCGUCAAGGACGUCAUCGAGGACCCCCGCCGCCUCGUGCUCGACAUCUGA